CGACCAGCAUGUUUUGUGCGCAUUCUCCCCCUUUUUUCCGGCCUCUCACGCCAGUUUGACCGUCGUAAAGGACACCGUGUUUCCCACAGCGUGUUGGUCGCAAGACAGUGACAGUUGACGAUGAGGCAGACUUGCGCGGCAUCUGCAGCACGCCCUCACCCGCCUAAGCCCGAUGACCAGAUAGAGUCAGGACGGCCGGAUGUAGAAUCAGGCGCAGUGGCUGGCAAAGUCGGGCCGAUCGUCUACGCGUGCCACGCACGUCCCGAUUUGCCCACGAUAGAUAGAAACAAGGGGACCUUGGAUCCCAUAGAGACCACACCUGGAAGGGACCAUUGCAGCCUGACUCUCCACCCUGGGAGGACAGAGCUACCCUAUCACGUCUGCUUAGUAUUAAAAAUAAGAAGUUCGCCGGGCGUAAAACACCUAUUAGGUGGACAUUAGGAGUUGAAAUAUUGCCUCCUCCUGCUCGAAACCAUCACCAGAGACAAAAGCAGAUACGGGUGGUUCACGCAUAUGGGGCUGCACUAUUUGUAGGAUACAGUCGCAAUGCCACCGCAUUCCGGUGAAUAUUCACGGCUCUUCCCCCUCAUCAGGGAUCGUCGCGCUUGGUGUUAUGACCGUUUGAUGUCCGACCUUCGCGCCAUUAAUUGCCGCAAUCUCAUCACGUGUGUUGGAUGUUGGUGUGAUGAUUGCUCGACUAUCUGACCUACCGGUCCUGGCGUAGAGAAAAGUGCUCACCUGUGCGCUCCCCGCGUGGUUAAUUACUUCACCUAGGCGAAGUCUCAGCACCGAGUAUGGAAUGGGAAGGUCUUUGCACUUGUUAAUAGACCAGGGGCCAGUGAACCAUUACUCAAGCAGCCCGCGGCCCACGCGGUUGUCACCUCUAGUGCGAAACUCGACCUCAUUGAAUUGGACUGUUUGGCCGGAUCUCGUCGAAUGAGCUGGCGUCAUUUCUCCGCACAGCUGCAGCGUGUUCGGCCAUUCGUGUUCGGGAGAAGUACUGCUAACAGGAACAGGGAAAGCGAAAGCAACCGCUUCUGAACCAUCGGCCAGUUGCCUCCAAAAUCGGAACCGUGCCGGCCGGAGGUUUAAACCUGACUGGCUGUUGAGGUAUAGCCUUGCGUUACUUAUGCCAAAAAGUCUCUGUAUGAUUGAGUUCCAACUGCUAGCCCACGUUUCUGUCUUUUCAGACCUCGUUUAGUGGGUAUCUAGAUCCCGUGGUGUGUUAGAAUUUCCUGACUUUUCCUUCCUACAGGGCCACGAAGGCGCCGUCUCCUGUCUUUCUGCCCUCGCGACUAAACCAGGUCUGGGCAAACUGACCAGACAGCAACAGCAACAGAAGACGGGCAAGCGGGGUGGACCGCCACAGAGGCGUCACAAGCAAGAGGAGGCGGAUGCAGAGGAGGAGGACGCGGAUGCCGAUGAGGAUAUUUGCGGUGGUAUCCUGGUCUCGGUGGGUCGAGACUUCUCCUGUAGGGUCUGGCAAGAGUCCGAGGAACUACUGGUGAUGGAGGAGGAGGCUCUGAUGGCCCGGGAGGCCGCCGAGGAGGAGGCCGAGUUGGUGCGCGCUGAGGCCGUUAUCCCCGGUGCGGUAGCACCGGAGGCCGCUGAGACCGGUCCGCUCGGCCGGCCCACAGUCACCACUCGUAACGCCGUAAGUUGCCCUUGGCUAUCCUCUGGCGCUGGACUGGGAGAUAAUUGCACAAGGCUGUUGCCUCGGCAAUGCACCUUGCCGUUUCCACUGGCGACGGUGUUUGUAGAUGACACUAAGUCAGUAGUGAGGACUUUAUGCGAGAACUCCUGGAGGCACAGUGUGAUGAUAGGCGAGCAGACGAAUAAUUCUAGUUCGACAAUGUGACACCUUCCUGUUGAACAGAGUUGAUCACUCCUGGACUUCAACUUGCUGCAACUUUCACGAAGCAGGUCUAUUUGUUCGUAAGAGAGCUUCUGAGGGAUGUGAAUGUCGCUUUGAUGCUUUUUUGCCAUCUUUUAAGCUCAGGUGUUUAUCUGCUUUUUGUGAUGGAACCGAAGUGAUUACUUGUGAAUGAGCUUCUCUCCGACCGCCUACAGGAACCGCACUCGGGAAAAAAAUGAUUACUUACUUAGUAUGAGUUGUCUCCCUCCCCCUCUUCUUUUCGAUGUCCUUAUAAAUCCAAAUACACUUUACAGAAAACAUGAACAAAGACAUUCAUGCACUUAUUUGGUAGAAAAUCACGCCUUCCUUAAAUUUUACGCUUGAAUGGAGGGUAUCUUUCUGUCUAGAAAAAAAUUGUAAUUAUGACACUUUUUGCACCAUUAAAUGUCCAUUCAUAGAUUACCGUAUGUCUGUUUGUUAGUGAUGCUUAUAAUUCGUGUCCAUUACGAAAUUUUAUGAGUCCUGCAUGACGUAUUAUUAGCGCAGAGUGGUGUAUGAUUUUCUUUGCGAGGGAAGUGUGCAACGUGUGGUUUGAGAACCCUAAGUUCCAGUGCAACCGGAAGCCGGGUUCAAGAUUAUUAGGAAUUUAAAAAGUUUAAAAAAUUGAAGAAUACCCAUUUUUCAAGUAUAGACAUGCCAGGAGACGAAAUUCUCUACCGAAUGAGUCCAAGGAAGAAUAAUUUUGGCCAUGAUUUUUAUAGAAUACAUUUGUAUUUAUAAUGACAUCGGAUCUCAGUGGAAGAGGAAUUUAUAUUACCUAAGUAGUCAUUUUUACCGCGUGUAAUUUUUGCAGGUGACCGGAAUUCUGGCGUGGCGGAAAUGUCCUGAAGUUAUUCUGUAUGAUAAUUACUGUUAGAACUCCACCUCUUAGGAAUCCUUUCUGAUCGAAAAUACAUUUUAGAGAUUCGGUUAACACUCCGUGAGAAAGGCGAGCUACUGUAAGCUACUAAGGGAUCGACCUUCUGUCCGCAUUUUGCGUUGGUUAGGUAAACCUCAAUUUUGUCAUGAUUUUCCAUCAGACGGUAUCUAACAUGUUUUACGAUUUGGAUGGUGCCUAAUUUUGCCAAAGGAUACCUCGACUAGAAUAAAAAAAACUCCGUAAUCUCGCCUGUAAAGCUUCUAAUGAAUGAGCUAUUGAACGAAUUAGAUUUCAUUGCAGUUGAUCCAGAAACGGGAAGAUUCUAGGAGGUUAACCCUGCUUUUGCCAUUGUUUGAUUUUUAGCUCUUCUUUGAGCACACCUUCCACCCCCCUCCCACCUCCUCCAAACUUCCAGUUAUGUACAAACAUGGUAAAUGUGAUUGGACAUAUCAGGACCGCCAUUUUGACGACUGGCGGCUAAGUGGCUGACGCCUUCUGAUUGGCUACUGCCAAGCAGUUGGUCAGCCAAAAGAUAUGAGGUGUGACGAAAAAUUGCGAAAUCGACCUCGUUCAAUCUUUUAUAUCGUGCAGUGGUGAGACCAGGAAAGCGCCUACCGACUCAUUUUUAACCACAAAAGUUUAAUCGCUGACGUGUGGCCUGUGCCACCCGCCGCCAUGAGGUUUUCGAGAAAAAAAAGUGAUUGGAAGCGAACGGAUAUGCUCAGGGAGGGCCUUUGACCGAUCUACCGAUGAAUAAUAUCUCUGAACUUUCCAUCAUUGACACUCAGGUCAGAAUAAUAUGAAGAUACGAUCGCUGGAACAAGAACCUUAUUGGCCUGUCGUUUCGGAUUCUCCCUCGAAUCCAUCAUCAGAGACAGUCGCAGAAACGGAUAGUAGAGGUAUAAGGAGCGCAGUAUUUAUAGGACGCAGUUGUCCGGCUAAAAAUCGUAAAAAAUACGGAGGGGGCGCGGACGACCAACAGUUCCGGUGACAGUGAUUCAAGUGGCCAAAUAAGCAUCACGCCAUGAAUAAACGAAGAUGGCGAAAUCACAGCCAUUAACGAUCCGGGCACGGGCUAUGCGACAAACACGACUUCUGCUAAUUAUUGUAGGCCUGUUGCCAGGCAACUGCGAUCCUUGGUAGAUGGGCGCUCACCUACCGAUUAGGGAACUCACUCCCCCGCUGUGCCUCUGGAAGGCUGAUCUAGGAUCCCGCCUGCAGUCACAUAGACGCCAGUAGUAUAUGCAGAGACACAUUGUCGACAACUGCAGAAAAAAUUGGAAUGGCCGUCAUCAGCAAGCCAUACCCAACUCCUGAGGCUCGACCACUCCACCUUGCGCCCUUUGUGCUUCAAAUAACCCUCUCUGCGACCGCAUCUGGUGAUUGGCUCCAACACGAAUCCGGAUUGCCGGCCAAUAAGGCUCUUGUUCCAGCGAUUGCGUCUUCUUCUGGACUGCUUCUCAGAACUCUCCUAUUCGCGUCUGUUGACACCGAGGUAAUUUGUGAAACACGCCUCGGAGCCUUCGGUUCAUGAUCUGCUUCGGGAUUAGAUUCAUAGGUAUUAAGACUGUAAAAUCCUGCCGUUUUCUCUCAACGCACUGACGAGAAGUCGAGAAUACUGGUCGAUUCCCGACAAGUUUAUCAAGUGAAGACAGUUUGCCCGACGCCUCAAAACUCACAGCACGAGUAUUAUACAAUUAACCGAACUAUGGGGGGACUUGGAAGAGUCGGCCACCUAGAAAACUGAUAAUCUGAAGUUCCCUAAAAGGCCCUUUCGCUCGACUUCUUACAUCCCUCCAAAGACCGCCGGCCAACGUGGCUGCAGGCCGUUUUUUACUUCUGAAUGCUUACCUCGUCAAUCUCCACCCCCUGCAGGCGGACACGCUGAUGGAGGCAGUGGACAUCUACACGAAGCAGACCUCCGAUCCCUCCGCCCCACCCGACCCCCUGAUGGCAGCCUAUCAGACCUCCGAUCCGGACCGCUUCCUCUUCACCGUCUUCUCCUCCCUUCGUUUACCCGCCAUGGGUGGCGGUCUUGCGGGUCUGGAACACUCCCUCGGCAUGCUGCACUCCGACCACGUCGUCCGCCUACUGCCCUGUCUGGCAGAAUGGUUCAAACGCGGCUGGGAUGUGGAGCUGGUGGGCCGGGCGAUUCGCUACCUCUGCUCCCUCCACGCCGGUCUGGUGACCACUAGCACGGAGCUCUGUGAUUCUCUGACUACCAUUCAGGCCGCCCGGCGGUCUCACCUCUCGGAGACCCGCGUGAGUGCACCUACCUUCGCCUGAUUCUCUCAACCUGCCCAUUGGGUUGACUGAUUUUUGUAAUGUUGGGAGUUUUAGGUUCCGGUAUGCGCGCCAACAUGGGUUUCAAUGGGACGAGCGUGUCCUCUAACCUGAUCGGAGAACGUACUCUCGAUUUUGUAAAUAUUUCCGAUCGCAACCGACAAGACAACUGGCCCGUGGGUCACUGGUAGAAUGUUGAGCUACUUAGUGCUCAGUGACUAAGGUGUCCGCGUUCCAAUCUCGGUUUAUCCGAACCUGGAGUUGGGUAGGGCUGGCUGACGACUACUAAUGAGCUAGCACUGGUCAUCCUUGUCUUUUUCGGUGAUGUUAUUCUGUCUGACUGGCCUUCUUGUGUGCAGAAAACCUAGGCGUUGUUGAGAGGCCUCACACAGACUUAUGACCUUCCUACUUGUACCAAAUUUGCUACUUGGCGGGUAUUUGUGCUUGCAUCACUUUCGAUGUUUGUACAGAGUUAAUACUCGUUUUUUUACAAGCGAUUGACAGAAAAUUAAUUGCUUCUGUCUGCCUUGAGGAAAGUACUCCUACAAAUCCGUCAGCUAGGAGGAAACAACGCUUCGGUUUGAGGCAAUUAGUGAUUUUAGAGCCAUCUAGACGUUAUGCCAACAAAAACUCCUGGGUUAUCUACUGCUAUCCUAAAAGAUACUUCUCAAUAGGAAAGUUCGACAUCGUCCAUUAUGUCACGUCUUAUGUUAGGGUAGUUUUUCAGCCAUCUGUGCCGGCUGAAUCAGGGAGAAAUUAGCCAGUUAAGUAGUACAAACACCUCACACCGAUAUCCGGGGCCUAUUUUUCGUCUAACUGUCUUGCCCCUGUAUAAUAAACGAUCUCAUCUCUACGCAUAGAGGCGCCUUACGGCUUUUCUUUCGAUGCAUGACGCUGCUGCGAAGGCAUGGGCACAUCACUGGGUUCCCCGUCUGACUUGCGAAGUUCAUGGUUGCCUCAGAAGUUCAGCUUAAAAAUAUAGACAUAAACGCGUACUUUAAUACUGCCAGUAGUAUAGCCCCAUGUAAUUUAAAUAGCGCAUCAUCGGGAGGUGGGUGUGAUGAACCCGAUGCGCGUCCAGGUCGCUUUUUAGUUAAUCCGCUUUCGAGGAGAGACCAACAUCAACGUGCUGAGCUUUCCACGCUGAAACCAUUCUGCUUAUUUCAACUAGGUAGGUAUGUUCCAAUAACGUUAGCACAAUUAGGAUUUGGGCUAGGAUUAGUUAAUUUUGGUACAGGAUUUGAUGUUUAAGAUGGGACGUUAAAAUUUUAAGGUUGGGGUUACCGUCAGGGUUUCGAAGUUUGGUUAAGGGUUAGGGUUUCGAGGCUAAGUUUGAGGACUUAGGCUCGGGUUUCAAGGUUACGAUUAGGCUUUCAUGAUCAGCUUUAAAGGUUCAGUUAGCUCACGGUGACACGCGUGAUGGGCCCUAUGCUGACUACUAUGUCACAGACACCGGUAAUGUUAUUCGUUGCGCGGUUAACCAUCUCAGCUCGCGAAGACACGCAUAUUAAUUCGUGUGUUCAUAUGCUGACUAGCAACUUGCAUUUGCUGCUGCAUUUCAUCUUUCCUUGAUUUUUUGGUUUUUGUAUGUCACUUUUCUACACAUUCUGUUUGUGUCUUUUCAUUCAUUGAUCUUUGGUUGUGUACACGUUGUUUUUGGUUUGCAAGUUGCCUGUGAAUAGGCGAAUCAGCCGAUUCCAUUUCUUCUUAUUUUCUUAAAUCACGCACUCGUGUUUUCACCAGCCGUUGGUAUACUUAAGCAAGAUAAUUGUACAGAUGCAACUUUUGGCAUUUCUUCAUGCGCCUCCUUUGGCUCCACCUAUAAACUCCCUUUUCCACCUUUCCCGUAUUACAAGCGUCCUUGCUUCCUGCUCUAUUAGUGCGACUACAUGCGAUAACUCGGCCUAUCAAUUAUCAACUGGCUUGAGUUCACAUCUCACGUGCCGAGCGCGGGGGGUUUGAUUUUAUCUCGCUGUGAUUUUUGCGGUUUGUUGUUGCCAUUUUGCUACACCUGGAUUUUGGUGCUUGUGUGAUCUCUCUUUUUGGCACACUAACCGGAUCCCCUCUUUUCUUCUCUUUCUAGAAGUUAAUUGGGGUCAACUUAGCCGCGUUGGAUUUCUUGCGACAGAAAAUUGAAGAAGAGCAGCCAGUGACCCUGUUUGAGGACGCCGCCUCUCGACGCUCCGCUCGUGUGCAGAAGUUCAAAGCAAGGAUGGCCAAACAAGCUGCAGUCCUGACAAAGUAG